AUGUCGUCGCUGCCUAUGCCGCCGGCACCAGCAACACUACCGCCCCGGCAGCAGCGCACCGCCUCCGCGCCGCCCCCUCACACCGCCGGUCGGCGCCAUGGCCUCCCCGUCCCCAUCCUCUCCCACUGCCCGCCGCCGCAGGCACACCAUCUACCACGGCCACUGCCGCGCCUCGCCGCACCGUCCGACAGUCCGCGGAGGCCUCUUCACCGAUCUCCGCUUCCCCUCCCCAAUACCCCGCCCUCCCCCCUCCCCCUCCCCCUCCACCGCCACCGCCUUCCGCCUCCGCGACUGGGAUCCACACUCGCCGUCUUCCUCGUCAUCCGCUCCCUCUCCCUCCUCUCCUUCCGCCGGCGCCUCCACAUCCGCCUCCGUGCCGCCUCUCUCCCGCUCGCGCGCUUCCUCCUCGACGCGCUCCGCCGCCACCAGCGCUGGGGCCCGCCCGUUGUCGCCGACCUCUCCAAGCUCCGCCGCUUGCCGCCAUCCCUCGUCGCCGAGGUCCUCACCGCGCGCCCGCCCCCGCCGCCGCCGCUCGCGCUCCCGUUCUUCCUCUGGGCCGGCCGCCAGAAGGGCUUCCGCCACUGCUUCCCGGCCUUCCACGCCCUCGCCUCGCUGCUCUCCGCCGCGGGCCUCCCAGCCGCGGCCGACCAGCUCCCCGACCUCAUGCGCGCGCACGGCAAGCCCGUCUCCCACUCGCAGCUCACCUCCUCGUCCGCCUCCACACCGCCUCGCGCCGCCCCCUCCGCGCUCUCCACGCGCUCCGCCGCUUCCGCCACGAGUUCGACGUCCAACCCCAGGCUUCUGGAAAUGAUUGGAAGGAUGCGGAACGAGGUGUGUCGGCCUGAUGUCUUUGUGUACACUGCGCUGGUAAAGACAAUGGUGCGGAGGGGGUAUAUGGAUGGCUGCAUCAGUGUGUGGGAGGAAAUGGAAAAGGAUGGGGUGGAGCCAGACACAAUGGCAUAUGCUACGAUGGUUGGGGGGCUCUGCAACGCCGGGAUGGUGGAGGAAGCAGCAGAAUUGUUCAAGGAGAUGAGGAACAAGGGGUUACUGGUGGACAGGAUGGUGUAUGCAUCACUCAUUGAUGGGUACGUUUCUGCUGGGAGGGUUGGAAAUGGGUGUAAGUUGUUGAAGGAGUUGGUUGAUGCUGGCUACCGUGCUGACCUGGGGAUAUAUAACACACUUAUUAGUGGACUGUGUGUCAUAGGUAGGGAGGAUAAGGCUCAUAAGUUAUUUCAGAUUGUUCUUCAGGAGGAGCUUAUGCCAAGUUCUGAUACUGUUUCACCAUUGCUAGCUUGUUAUGCCGAAAAGAGUGAAAUGGUUACAUUUUUUGGAUUGGUCAACAAACUGGCAGAGCUGGGCUUGCCUGUUGUUAAAAUGUUGGUAGAUUUUAUGAAGCUCUUUGCAGGAAAGGAUGGUAGGGAAUUGAAGGCUAUGGAAGUGUUUGAUGCGUUGAGACAAAAACAGUAUUGUAGCGUCGGCAUUUAUAACAUUCUUAUUGAAAAUCUGCUGAAGAUCAAGGAUAGGAAGAAAUCACUUCUGCUGUUUGAAGAAAUGCAAAGUUCAGUUGAUUUUAAACCAGAUUCAUGUACAUAUAGUCUUAUGAUCCCAUGUUUCGUGGAUGAAGGAAAUGUCGAAGAGGCCUGCUCAUGCUACAACACCAUGAUGAAGGAAAAUUGGAUACCGAGUACGUCAGCCUACUGUGUUCUUGUGAAAGGGCUUUGCAAGAUGGGGGAGAUCAACGCAGCCAUAUCACUUGUUAAAGAUUGUCUUAGAAAUGUAGAAAAUGGGCCAACUGAAUUUAAAUACACCUUGACUAUUCUGGAAGCUUGCAGAUCAAAAAGCCCAGAGAAAGUCAUUAAUGUGGUGGAUGAGAUGAUUGAAGUAGGUUGUUCAAUGGAAGAAAUUGUCUAUUCUGCGAUCAUAUAUGGCUUCUGCAAGUAUGCAAGUUCAACUCAGGCGAGACAGGUAUUCACUAUCAUGAGAGAUCGAAAUAUCUUACCAGAAGCCAAUUUUAUUGUCUACGAGGACAUGCUGAACGAGCACUUGAAGAAGGCCGCUGCAGACUUGGUGAUAUCUGGAUUGAAGUUUUUUGACCUUGAAUCAAAAUUGAAAUGGAGAAGCAGAAUGGAUUGA